CGGUUUCCAUAAAAACUGAUCCGACAAUUGUGCUUCAAAUAUUAUUACUGACUUCAAGUGUUGUCACUAAAAGUUUGAUAAUUGCUUCAAAACAAAUAUUUUAGGCUUCUCCAAAAAUGGACUUGGCACAGAUAAGAAAUUUUAAAGACUUCCUCUUGUUGUACAAUCAAAUUUCUGACACGUGCUUCAGGCGAUGCACAAACACAUUCAAUUCUAGAGAUAUUAGCUUGGACGAGGAAGCUUGCAUAAGUAAUUGCGUACAAAAACAUAUUAACGCCAACCACAAAAUAAUGGAAGUAUAUGUGCAAGUACAACCAAUUUUAGUCAAUAAAAGAAUAAAGGAAAUGAAUGCUGCAGCAGAGGCACAGCAACAGCAAUUGCAGCAAGACACGCAAGUUCCAGAAACAAGUCAAAGUUUGUGACAAAAUCUUCCAGCUGUAUGAUACAGAUUUCAUUAGUUAAUUACAUUGUAAAUAUUUCAAAUACAAACUGUUGAGAUUGA